CCCCCCUCCCCUCCCUUCCACCGCCAAUCCCAGUUCUCGUUCCCUCCUCAUAGUCCCCCACAAGAAAAUCCUAAAUUCUUCGAUUGCCGCUCUCCCCCUAGGGUUUCCUCUAAUCUAAUCCUAGAUCAAUCCCCCUACCAUCCUGCUCAUCCGCAACACCCAAAUUUUCCUUAUAACGACCGUUAUCAUAACCCCCAUCCUCCUAAUUCUCCUAGGUUUAUUGUCGAUGAUUUUGUGAGGGAGAAUCGUCUGAGAGGCGUGGAAUUCGAUUAUGAUGAUGACGAAAGAUACCGUCUUGAGAGGCGUAGAAUGGAAGAGGAUAUUGUUGUGAGGGAAUUUAGAUCGAGUGCCGAGAAUUAUGAGUUGCAUCAUGAUGAUAGGUAUGAAGGUGAGAGAUGGGAAUAUGGUCGUAAUGUUGAUGAUGAGGUUUUGGUUGGUUCUUCUUCGAGGCGAGUGUCAUUAGAUAAUAGUGGUUAUGAUUAUGGUGGUGGUGAUGUUAGGUUUAGCAAUAGGUUAAGAGUGGACAAGGAGGAAAUUUAUAGAUCUCCUCCGCAGAAGAAGAGUGCAUUGCUCAGGAUUCAAUGUGGGAAAGCUAAUAACAACAGGAGUAGUAGAAAUCAGGACAGUGACUCGAGUAGUGUUGGUGGAUGUGGGGUAAGGGGAAAGCAGAAAGAUGUGUUUGAGAGAUUGGAGAGAAGGGUUGAGGGAAGAGAUGGAAGAGAAGGAAGUUCGAUGGAGCUUGAUGUUUCAUUUAAAUCUAAUGCACUUGUGGCGAAGGCUAUUAUGGCCCCGGUGUCAAGCCCAGCCAAUGACUCAGACAGAAGCGAAACACCUAGAUGUAAGAAGAUUAGAAAAGUGAAUCUCUCUGAUUCUCCAAUGAAGAAAGUCGGGUACGAUUUGGGUAAAGGUGAUGGUUCAGCAAUUGAUUCUGGUCGUCGUUCGAGUUCUAAUAAGGAGUCUAAAUGUUUGGCAGAUAAAGUUACGGUUUCUGCGGGUCGGACAUCUAAUAGCACUUUGGAUUCUAACAUGGAGUCGAAACAUUUGGCAGAUAAAAUUAAAGAUUCUACUGGUGAACAUGCAUCUGAUGGUACUUUGAAUUCCAACAAGGAAUCUAAAUGUUUGCCAGAUAAAGUUACAGUUCCUGUUGUGAGAAGUGCAUUGCUGAGUUCCAAUGGGACAAAUGAUUUAAUUGUAACCCAAGAAAGCAAGGGAUCUCCAGAGAUCAUGAUUUUGGAUCAGGGUGGUAAUCAUGUUGGAAAGGGUGGAGCACCUCAACGCAAGAUUAGAAAGAAGAAGAAAGUCACGAAAAAGAAAGUCGCGUCCCCUAAAAUAGUUGGUGUUAACCCUUGUAAUGCCACUGAUUCACUGAACAAAGCAUCUUUUGUCCGUCAGCAGCUUAAAAGUGUUGUAGAAUUGGUAGAGAGAGCUAGAUCUGAUGAUAUGUCUACACUCGAGGAUGUCAAUAUGAAGAAGGCCAAGAAGAAGAAAGUCACGACCCCUAAAAACGUCGGUGUUGACCUUGGUAAUUCCACCGAUUCACUGAACAAAGCAUCUUUUGUCCGUCAGCAGCUUAAAAGUGUUGUAGAAUUGGUAGAGAAAACUAGAUCUGAUGAUAUGACUACACUCGAGGAUGUCAAUAUGAGUAAAGCCACGAAGAAGUAUGUCACGGCCCCUAAAAAAGUUGGUGUUGACCCUGAUAAUGCCACUGAUUUACUGAACAGAGCAUGUUCUGUCCGUCAGCAGCUUAAAAGUGUUGUAGAAUUGGUAGAGAGAACUAGAUCUGAUGAUAUGACUACAUUCGAGGAUGUCAGUAUGAAGCUGCCUGUGGAUGAAGUAGUUAGCAAAUUAGAAAAACCUUCAAAACUGGCUGCUGUCAGUGAAGAUGAGUCUGUCCAGCAGUCUAAUUCUGAGGGGAAGAAAGCUGGUGCAGCUAAAGUCUUGGUUUCUUCAAGCAAUGUGGACUCUGAAAUUAAUGACUUUGCUGAUUGUACCAGUAGAUCAGUUCUGAAUGGCCCUUCCAUGUUGAAUUCUGAGACAUGUAUGAUCGAAAUACAAAACAAACCUACUAGUUGCAGUGCGGAUAACGCUGAUAAUGUUGGAGGGCAUUCUCAGGAUGAGCACCGAGUGUCGGAAGAUGGUCUUAUUAAAGAACCUUCUGAGGCCAUGGUUUGUGUAGAAAGAAAUGGUGAUGUUGUCUUGUCAAGCCUAGACGGGAGCACAAUUCAUAAGGAUGAAGUAUCUUCGUCAACUAAAGAUACAUAUAUCUCUUCUGUCUCUGACUUGGGGUUUUCUGAUGGGAAGGAAAAUGCAGUUGCUGUUAUAGGAUUGUUUGAAGCAGGUUCCGUGGAGCCAUCUAGUGACCCCAAGAUUGUACCUUUGCUGACUAAUAUUGAGAGAGGACUUAAAGAGAGUUUCUUGGAUGGAAAUGACAAUAGUUUUAAUUCUUCUAAGGCUGGGAGAGUUGUGGUUGUCAGUGACUUGCUAAGUGCAGAGUGCUCGAGUAAUAGUGAUCCAACAGCCGGUAGUUUUGUAUGUAGUAUAACAAAAUCAUGUGUUGAUGGAGUUACAUUGUCACCUGAGGUGAGCCAUACUAAGGGAUCCGUUAAUGCUGUGGUUUCUGUUGCAGAUGAUAUUAGGAUUAUUGCGGAUGAUGACUCUUUACCUAAUGUCACAAGGAAGAGAAAGACUACGGAAGACGAGUCUGUUUUGCCCACUACGAAGGUGAGUGAGCCAGAGGAAAAUGCAGGUAGUUCUUUGCUAGGCCAACGUAAAAGUUUCAGUUGUUUGAGAGGAGAUCAUGCCUCUAUAGAAGAGGAAGUUACAGUUCCUGGUAAUGGGAGUGACUCAUUAAAGGGGGGCCCUUCACAUGAGGGGCCUUCAGAAGUGGAGCUUUCACUUCAGGAUUGUUUUAAAGAUGGUUCCAGUUCAUGUUCUAUCAAGAGUCCCAAGAAAACGGAGGUUUCUUCGCCGGGACUGGUUAAAUCUGUUUUGUGUGUUACCACCCACGAGGGAGCUUCUAGCAUACCAAUUACAGCGCCUUUGAUCGAUGAUGUUUCUGCAAUGAAAUUAGAAUCUCGAAAUACAUUGUCUGAUUUGGAUGAUGGUCCACCAUCUCGUCCAUCAGUCAUAUUGCUUGAGAGCAGUACCGCUGAGGAGGAUGUAAGUCAGGCUGAGCCAUUUGAAGAUGGCUUGAUGGAUCACUUUUCGAAUGUUGAGCAGGUCAUUGCUCACAAUUCUCAGCUGGGAGCUGCUGGACAAGAUACUACAACUUCAGUUAUAUCUGUUGGGACGCUAAGAAUGGCUUAUGGAAUAAGUGAGGACAAAGGUUCCUCCCUUGGAGUAGAUCAAAAGUUGGCCCCAGAAGGUUGUGAAAGCCAUAAUUAUGUGCUUGACAAGGCAUGUCUGCCUUUGUUGGCAAAUAAUCACUCUUUAUUUUCUGAUUCAAAUUGUGUGUCCGCAAUGAAAGUAAGUGCCAAAGGUAUGGAGUCUGUGUCUGAUAUGUCGGCGCUCAUGUCAUUUCCUGAAGACUUACCUAACAACUCAUUCUUGGAGGAACCUAUUGCUAAGUCAUCAAUGUCCAAUGAAAUUGUUAUUGAAAAAGCCCAAAAUGUUGAUGAAAAUUCCAUUACUGCUGAUGACCAUGUUUUUUCUUCGGUGAAAACAUCUUCAGAUACUUCUGAGUUUGAUAAUACAUCAUCAGAUACUUCUAGGUUUGGUAGAAGUUCAGAUCAUAAAGUUGGUGCCGUUCCUUUGAUUAAUCUAAAUACUGUGCCAUUAUCAUCACAGAAUACUGUAACAUCUACCCAAAAUGUGACUUCACUGAGUUGGAAACCAAAUUUGCGUGCAAACCAGCAAAGUGCUGCUGGUCCUAGGGUUCUCUCUGUUCGCCCAUCGAAUUUUCUCACUUCAAGGAAUGUGCCCACUUCGAAGAAGCCACUGACAUGGCAUAGAACUGGUAAUAGCUCUUUCUCAGUUGUUGGACGAGGUUCCCAAAUGAACUCUCUACCUCCACAAAGCCAUUUACCUAAGGACAUUGGGAAAGCCGGCUCUUACAUUCGCAAGGGUAACAGUCUUGUCAGAAAGCCUCCUCCUGUUGGUUCCCUUUCCCAAGGAUUCCAUGCUCCAAGUUCUUCAGUUUUCCGGUUGAACUCUUCUGCUGUGAAUGACCUGAAGAGAAAACAUGAGAAUAAGACAUUGAUAACUGAUUCACCCAGCUGCAGGGGAAAUCCAGAAGUAAAUGCUCCUUCAGAGAGGACCAAAACCCCUCCACAAAGCGAAUCAUUUAGUUGCAUUACAUUGAAGUCUGCCUCUUUUCCAGUGGUAGAUCAUCCUGGAACUGGUAGUAUUGCUACCUCAAAUCCUUUGGCAGUUACAGACAAUAUGUUGGCGCUGAAGCCUUCUGAGCAUCCUUCAACAUCUUCUGCACUUCCUGAAUGUCAAAUUGGUUUGGGAGGCAAUUCCGAAAGCCAGAAUAUAUUAGAUGAAGGCACUUCUGGAAAGGAGAUAGUUUAUGUGAAGCAAAGAUCAAAUCAGUUAGUUGCAGCUUCUGAUAAGACCCAGACAUCAUCCGAUGGCUACUAUAAGAGGAGAAAGAAUCAACUGAUUCGUGCAUCUAGCAGUAAUCAUAUGAAGCAGAGAGUUUCCGCGGCAAAGAAUGUAGUUCCGACCCGAAGAGUUAUGAAAAGCUUGAGUGGUUUAGCCAAGACCUCUAAAUGGUCAAAGUCCUCAUUGGUCUGGAAAUUAGGUGAUACUCAGUCAUCAAGGAAAUGUGGCAGCGCUGUAGAAUAUGAGAAGCUUUGGCCUUACUUGUUUCCGUGGAAAAGAGCUAGCUAUCGGAGGAGUUUCCAGAAUUCCUCUCCAAGUGACAGUUCCAUAUCUAUUAGCAGACGGAAAAUGCUGCUCUCAAGAAAGCGGGAGACAAUAUACACAAGAUCAAUUCAUGGACUAUCUUUACGAAGAUCUAAGGUGUUAAGUGUCUCUGGCUCUAGUCUCAAGUGGUCAAAAUCUUUGGAGCAAAGGUCAAAGAAGGCUGCUGAGGAAGCUGCACUAGCAGUUGCUGCUGUUGACAAAAGGAAAAGGGGACAAGAUGAUUCUAAUGCUGGCUCAAUGAAUGGAAAUAAUGUCUCUCGAGAAAGGAUAUUCCGUAUUGGUUGCGAGCGGUAUAAGAUGGACCCUUCUGGGAAGACACUACAGAGAAUUUCAGAUGAGGAACCAUCGGUGUCAGUUGUUCCUGAGGCGAAGAAAUCUUACAUCCCCAAAAGAUUAUUAAUUGGGAAUGAUGAGUAUGUGCGGGUUGGCAAUGGUAAUAAGCUGGUUCGAAACCCAAAGAGACGAGUACGCAUCUUAGCGAGUGAGAAAGUACGCUGGAGUUUGCACACUGCUAGAAUUCGGCUGGCAAGAAAAAAACAGUAUUGCCAGUUUUUUACAAGGUUUGGCAAAUGUAACAAGGAUAAUGGAAAAUGUCCUUACAUUCAUGAUCCAUCUAAAAUCGCUGUCUGCACUAAAUUUCUGAAUGGUUCUUGCUCUGACACUAAUUGUAAAUUGACUCAUGAGGUUAUUCCUGAAAGAAUGCAAGACUGCUCCUAUUUUCUGCAAGGAAUAUGCUCAAAUGAGAAUUGUCCAUAUAGACACGUAAAUGUGAAUUCAAAUGCCUCUAUUUGUGAAGGUUUUCUCAGGGGCUAUUGUGCUGAUGGCAAUGAGUGUCGGAAGAAACACACCUAUGUCUGCCCCGAUUUUGAAGCAACUGGCAACUGUCGCCAAGGUUCGAAAUGCAAGCUUCACCAUCCGAAAAACAAAAGGAAGGGUGUGAAAAGGAAAGCUUCCAGCGAGAUGAAGAAUGGUCGAGGUCGUUAUUUUGGCUCUCCGCACAUAGACAGUAGUGAGCACAUUACAGCUGGAUCGGAGAAAGCUUCUGCUUGGGGGAACAACGACAUAUUCUUUAAGAAGGGGAAGUUUGUUGAUUUUAUUAGCCUAGAUGGCAGUGAUGAAGAGGAACUGACUAGUGACCAGAGAAGUGAGGAACCACCACUUUGCGAAAGUAGUUCUGCAGAGAUGCAACUAGAUGAUCUCGAUGAGCUUAUUAAACCCAUGAAACUGAUAAAUAGGAAUAGAUCUGUAGAUUCAUCCCCCUUCAUGGAUAGCCCUAGUGAUAUGGCUGCAAGCUAUGUAUCGGAGGAGUCUUAGUGUUUGUAAAUGAAGUUUUGUAAUUAGAUUUAUUGUACUGUUCUGCUAGUGCAGAGCAAUUUUUUUUGUUUUCAAACUUUAGGUUUUUAGUUAAUUACUUAGGUAUAGGUCUUAGGAUUAGGCAAUAUUUUGUAUCGCCAAGUGUGUUGUGUGCGAGAGAAUGUGAGAAACUGUUGUGAUAAAAAAUUAAAGGCAAUGAAAUUUUGAUGCAAAUCUCUCAUUGGA